UCCUGCCUCUCUCUCCCUCUCCAAGGGGAGUCUCGAGAGGUGAGGUCUCUGUCAUCUUCUGGGAAUACUUGAUCAACAAAAAAAUGUUACUGAGGAGUUCAUCCUCGCCCAUCCUAAGUUCAUGGCUUCCAAACUCAUCCGGGUCAUCUCCUGAACCCGAUCAUCUACCCCAACUCACCCGCACCCGAUCCGUCUCUCUCUCUGCCUCAUUCGCCAUCGAUGAUAUCCCAGGUUGCGCCAGUCCACUUCGACCCGUCCAUGACUCCGAUCUCAGGGACCACCAGCCAGCUUCCAAGAAGGAAAAGGAUAUCCACAUUAAGCGCCCCAAGACGCCAAAGCCGGUGAAGCUCAAGGAGGCCAAGGAAGAAGAGUUGGAGAGGCUGUUGUCCAGCUCGGGCUUGGGGGAGCCCGCGGCUGCCGCCGAGGAGGACGGGUGUGUGGCCGCGGUGGAGAAGGAGAAGGUUUUGCAGACUCUGGUGGUGGGAGGCGGUGGCGCUGGCGGAGGUGGGGGGAGGGUUUGUGGUGGUGGUGGAGGAGGUGGCGGGUCAGAUGGUGGAGAUGGGUCCGGAUUUGGUUCGGAUUCGUAUGAUUCGAAUAGGUGGCAUGGGCAUGAUAGUACGGACGCGUACUAUCAGAAAAUGAUCGAAGCCAAUCCGGGCAAUGCUUUAUUACUUGCGAAUUAUGCCAAGUUCCUAAAGGAGGUGAAGGGAGAGUUAGAUAAAGCUGAGGAGUACUGCGGAAGAGCAAUUUUGGCUAACCCAAGCGAUGGAAAUGUUCUUUCACUGUAUGCUGACCUAAUAUGGCAAACGCAAAAGGAUGCACCCCGUGCCAAGACUUACUUUGAUCAAGCUGUUCAAUCUGACCCUGAUGACUGCUAUGUGCUUGCUUCGUAUGCUCGGUUUCUAUGGGAUGCUGAGGAGGAGGAGGAGGAAGAAGAUGCAUCAAGCCAAUAUGGAAAGGAUGGUGGUAAUUCAUCAGCAACAUUCUAUGGAGGAGCAUCACGCGGAUAUCCACUUACCGCGGCUUCUUGAUUCUCUGUGUCUCCUACUCAUCUCUCUGCCAUAGUCAUUAUUGUUCAUAUAGUAGUAAUUCGUAGUAGUCAGGAGUCUUACUGGCAAAUCCUAACAUCUGCUUUUUGCCCUGAAUUAGUAGUAAUUUCGUGAAUUUUUGAUGACGAGUUUCAAAGUUGAUGUGUAUAUGUUAGCAUGAAUAAAGAUCAACUUUUGUUUAUUCUUUAAGAUAAGAUGAGGAAUUAUGAUUGAAAAACGCCAA